AUGUGUGAUUUGAAACCCGAACUAAAAGUAAACCCCAGAGGGGCGUUAGAACAAUAUAUUACAUCAUUACAAAGUGAAUCGAAAAUGGCUCGUAAACAGGCUUUUCUGAAGAUAAAUCAGGAGAUAUUUGAAAAUCCAAUGAAUAGUGAUUGUGAUCUGACUGUUAUAUUCCCUGAAAUAUACGCUUACAUCCUAAAGGGCUUUUCUGACCCCUCUGAGGCAUGUAGGGAAGCAAGCGCAUCAAUAAUCUCCAAUUUUAUAGAAUAUUUGCCCCAUAAUGAUUAUUAUUUGACAUAUAUACUUCCUGUGAUAGUUCGUCGUAUUGGCUGUGCAGAGAUUGUGGAAGAUUCUGAAGAAAUUCGUUUGAUAUUAAUAGAGCUAGUCCAUAAGAUUAUUGAAAAAUAUAAACAUACUCAUCAUUUGACUUCAUUCUUUAAUGAGUUUACUAGUAUACUUACAAAGACAAGUACAGAUCCAUUUCCUAAGGUCAAGUUAGAAGCCUGUGAAUGUAUAAUACUGCUUUCCAAAAUUCUUCACAGAGAUUUCCAUUUCCAAUCAGAAAGUUACAUCAAGCCAGUGCUGACAAACUUUGCACAUCAGCAUUUUAGAGUUCGUGUUGCAGCUAUAAGAGUAAUAGGUGCAAUAAUUAUCGCUGGCAAUGCUAAAUGUUUUGAACUUUCCAUCACUCCAAUGGCAGAAAAACUCUUUGAUGAGAACACGCAGGUUCGCAUGCAGGUCACACUGGAAGUUGGUAACUGGAUGUUGACCUACAAAGACCGAUAUUCUUUCUGGCAUCGCAUGAUACCUCUCUUGCUUACUAGCUUAAGUGACGUAAUGGAGAAUAUAAGAGAGACAGCCACGAAGCUUUGGUCUGAUAUCGGUCUUCAGUAUAUGGAGGAGAACGAAGAGGAUUUGAAAAAGAAAUUAGAUUUUCUCAAAGAUGUGCCGUCUCAUUACCCUGAUGUAAAGCGGCCUAAUUUUGGGUGUAGGGUUUUGGUGCAAAACAAUAUUGGCAAAAUUGUACCUGCAAUCGGUAAAGAGAUGGAAGGGUGGCAAGCGGACGCCCGUCUCCGAGUCGCGCAACUGUUGUGUUGGUUACUGCUUUGCGCAGAAGAGGGCGCCACUCAGCACACCAACACCAUUGUAAAGAUCCUGCAGAGGGGGGCCGGGGAUGAAGAUACACGAGUUGUUCUUGAGAUAAAGCGUGCAUCCGAGUUGUUUGGCUACUUUAUCGCCCCCGAAACUUGGUGGCCGCUCGUAGAAUCCGAGGUGGACUCGUGGGCCACCCUCAUGGUCAUCACGAAUAUACUGAAAGGAUCGAGAGCUGAGUUAGUCAAAGAGAAGGUUAUGCACGAGCUGUGCAAAGAGUUGGCUGAUCCUGACAGGUGCAGAGUUAGGAAGCCUAAGUUCCAAACGAACCUUCUGCACGUGACCGAGGCUUUGAUGAACCUCUGUAAGGAAGAUUGCGUAUCGGUGGCUGAAGAAUUAUUCAUCAUUAAUUUCACCGUGUACGCCAUGCCUUUUGACGAUAAGAUACAAUUCAUGGCCGUGUCAAACUUGGACAAGCUUCGUCAUUUGGAGAAGUGCGGCCGUACGCUGACAAGUCUGUACGAACGCCACAUGCGGCGAGUUCUCGUCGACAUAACCAGCGACGCGUUGACCUGGACUCUGCUGACCCCCGACAGAUGUCUGCUUGAAUGUGUGUUAUUACAUGCAGGAUACGCAAUGGGUGAACAGUUACACCUUAUAGCGCCCUUGCUGAAAGAGUGCCUGGCAACACCGAAGGUCGACCCCGAGGUCAAAUUGAAGGUGUUCACAGCUUUAUCCACGGUGUUGUUGCGACGGCAGACUAAUUUCAGCAAGUGUGAAAUGGAUAAAUUAGAGGCGUUCCUUAAGGUUGUUAUCCAAGACGUAAUUAUGCCAAACCUCGUAUGGGCGCCUGGUAGAACCGCGGAGGCAAUUCGCAGUGCUGCUGUGGCGUGUCUUUGUUCGGCGUUGCAAGACGACCCGCAAGCUGAUGGAGAGCUCGUUGACACCGGAGCAGAUGGUGACAGUAUCGAGAAGAAAGUGAAUUUGUUCGCCACCAAAGAAUCCUUGGAGCCUUUCAUAGACCAUAUUGUUCCUUUGUUGGUGAGUUUGGCGGACGAUAAUUCGACGCUGACGCGCCAACACACAAUGCGCGCGAUUUGCUGUCUCGCUUCGCUUGCUAAGCAGCGUGAUUGCUUCGCGGUAGAGGCUCUUCAUAAAUUAUACUUCGUGGUGUUAAAGCGCUUAGACGAUAGCAGCGACAAAGUGCGUUCAUUCGCGGUGCGAACGCUGUGCGUGUUGUUCGCGAACCGACCGCGUCCGUACGACACCGUCGUGUUCGGCGCACAUGUCGACGCAUUAUACAGCGCCAUGUUGAUACAUCUCGACGAUCCAGACGAGGCGUUCCGCAAGGAGAUGUUAGAUGCUCUCAUAACUCUUAGCGACAUAGAUCCUCGGCUUUUAAUUAAGAAAGUGAAGUCUAAUAUACAUCUUUAUAGAAACAAGGCCGCCUACGAGCGGCUUUCUAGUCAUGUUGAGAAAAUGUUGAAAUGA